AUGGGCUCCUCCUUACCUUCUUCAGCUGCCAGCUCGUACAACUCUGUACUUGACUUCAAAUCCAUUCCUCUGGGCGGCUGGAUCGUUCAGAAAUUUGGCGGUACAUCGGUUGGAAAAUUUCCAGAAAACAUUGUGGAAAACAUCGUGAAAGAGUAUAGCAAACAUAAUCGUGUCGCUGUUGUUUGCUCUGCAAGAUCGUCCAACACAAAAAGCGAGGGUACCACAUCGAGGCUCCUCAGAGCUGCCGAUUUGGCUACUGAUAUGGGAGACUACGAGAGUCUAUUGAAGGUGAUUGAAGACGAUCAUGCUAACAAUGCAAAGGAGCAAAUAAAGGAUAAGAAAAUUCAAGAUGAGUUGGUGGAGGCCUCUAGAGCUGAAGUUGCUAGGGCCAAGGAGCUUUUGCAUGCAUCUCAGAUCAUUGGGGAAAUCAGCCCUAGAACCUUGGACAGUCUUAUGUCAGUAGGCGAAAAGUUGUCUUGUCUCUUUAUAGCAGCAUUGAUGAGGGACCGUGGCCUCAAUUCCGUCUAUGUGGACUUGUCUCAUAUCAUUCCAGUUGACUACGACAUGACGAAAGGGUUCGACGAUUCUUUCUACCAGUAUUUGGUAAAUGAAUUGGGCAAGAUCGCCUUGUCUGUUUCAGAGGAUGCAAUUCCUGUUUUUACAGGUUACUUUGGUGUUGUUCCCGGUGGCCUUCUAAAUGGUGUAGGUCGUGGAUACACUGAUUUGUGUGCUGCAUUGAUUGCCGUUGGUGUUCUGGCCGACGAACUUCAAAUAUGGAAAGAGGUUGAUGGUAUUUUCACCGCUGAUCCAAGAAAGGUACCAAGAGCCAGACUUCUUGACUCUGUCACCCCCGAUGAGGCCGCUGAAUUAACAUACUACGGUUCAGAAGUUAUUCAUCCUUUUACUAUGGAGCAAGUGAUCAAAGCAAAAAUCCCCAUCAGAAUCAAGAAUGUGGAGAAGCCAUUUGGAAAGGGUACUAUAAUAUAUCCUGACAAUAUAGGAAGAAGAGGCGAAGCUACACCUCCCCACCCUCCAGCUGCUUAUGAGACUUUACCAAGUUCCUAUAUUCAAUCCCAGAAAAGGAGGUCUGCAACGGCUAUUACUGCCAAGCAAAACAUAGUCGUUAUCAACGUACAUUCAAACAAGAAGACCCUAUCUCACGGUUUCUUGGCUCACAUCUUCACCACGCUAGAUAAAUAUAGAUUGGUGGUAGAUUUGAUCUCGACUUCGGAAGUUCAUGUUUCAAUGGCCAUGCAAAUUCUGAAUGAAGAAGAGCACAAUCUUAAAGAAGCGUUGAAGGACUUGAGAAAAAUGGGUACAGUUGACGUGACCAGAGAUAUGACUAUCGUGUCUCUCGUGGGCAAACAAAUGGUUAACUUCAUUGGUAUUGCUGGUAACAUGUUUAAAGUGCUUGCUGACGAACGUAUCAAUAUCGAGAUGAUCAGUCAGGGUGCCAAUGAAAUCAACAUUUCUGCUGUGAUAAAUGCUAAGGAUACCAUUAGAGCAUUGCAGUCUAUUCAUGCCAAGUUGCUCGAGGGAAACUUUGGGUUUGACGAGAGUGAAUCAGCUACUGACAUCAGAUUAUCCGCCUUGAAAGCUCAGAGCUAG